AUGGAUAUAGUUUAUAUGCGAGAAGUUCCAUUGGUAUCAUUUGAUGUGGAAGCCUAUGAAAGAAGUCUUCUGAAAGUAACAGAGAUUGGGUUUUCUAUUUAUGAUCCCGAAUUACUGAAAAAUUCCAUCUUUCCCGCCAUAAAAUCAGGACAUAUCAUCAUCAAAGAACAUUUGAAGUUAAAUAACUACAAAUUUGUACCAAAUCAUAAACGACUUUAUCUGGGAGGAAUAUCAUAUGUUGCCAGCAUUGAAGAACUGAAAAAGAUCAUGCAAUCAAUCUUCGAUGAAUAUAUAACGAAACGGAGUGGAGCUUUUGUGGGUCAUAAUAUUGGAGGAGACAUACGAUGGUUGCAACAAAUGAAUGUAGAUAUAUCCAAUGAUGUAAAAACUGUAGACACAUUCAAAUUGCAUGCAUUGUCGAGAAAACGAGAUGGAACCUUGAGAGGAGUUCUAAGAUAUUUGGAUAUACCCCAUAGUUAUUUGCAUAAUGCAGGUAAUGAUUCAUACUUCACAUUAUUGGCAGCCUUUGCAUUGUGUGACCCUGAACUCAGGGCUUUAAAGAAUAUGGACACUUUCCAAGAUAACAAAGGAAUUGAUAAGAAAGAUGCAAAGAAACACAAGUUUUCUGAUCAACCUGAAAUCACGGAGUACUUGGGCAAGGGAAUAGGUUUCUUCGAUGAAUGA